ACAAUGAGUUCUUCAACAAUAAUAGUAGCCAUCCUCCUGGUUCUCUUCACAUCAAUCACAUGUCUCUGGUCACUCAUCUCUGACGUCUCCUCAAAUUCAAAGCACAAAAAGCUACCACCUGGCCCUCGGCCACUGCCUAUAAUCGGAAGCCUCCACAAGCUAGGCAAACUUCCCCAUCGAAGCCUCCAACACUUGGCCAAGAAAUAUGGGCACAUCAUGUUCAUUCGUCUAGGCAAUGUUCCAGCCAUCGUACUCUCCUCCCCCAAAGCCGCAGAGCUAUUCCUCAAAACUCAUGACACUAAUUUCGCCAGCCGGCCCAUAAUCCAAGCCGCCGACUACUUGUCCUUCGGCUCAAAGAGCAUGGCCUUUUCGCAGUACGGUCCCUAUUGGCGCCAUAUGAGGAAGCUCUGCACGCUUCAGCUCUUCUGUUCAGCAAAAAUGGAGUCUUUUGCGCCGCUGCGGAAGGAGGAGCUGGGAGGGCUGGUGAGGAAGCUGAAAGUAGCUGCAGAGGAAGGUGGAGUUGUGGAUAUUAGUGAGAAGAUUGGAGCGAUGAAUGAGGACAUAACGUAUAAGAUGGUGUUGGGUCGCACAAGGGAUGCUAGGUUUGAUUUGAAAGCCAUUAUUGAGGAAUCGUUAUCCUUGGUAGGGGCUUUCAAUAUAUCUGAUUUUGUUCCUUCCCUUGCUGCACUUGAUAUUCAGGGAUUGACCAAGCGCUUAAAGAAAGUUAGAAAGCAGAUCGAUCAACUCUUGGAGAAGAUAAUAGACGAGCAUGAACAAGUAACCAAGUCCAAGAAAGGGAAACAAGGCCAGCAUGAGGAUUUUGUAGACGUAUUGCUUUCCCUAAUGAACCAACCGUUGAACCCGAAUGAUGAACAAGUCUAUCUUGAUCGAACAAAUGUGAAAGCCAUCUUACUUGACAUGAUCGCUGCGUCUAUCGAUACUUCAGCUACCACUAUCAUUUGGAGCCUUGCGGAGCUCUUGAGGCAUCCAAGGAUUAUGAAGAAUCUCCAAGAGGAGCUCCAAAAUGUGGUCGGUAUGAACCGAAUGGUGGAAGAGUUUGAUUUGCCAAAGCUGGAUUACUUGAGUAUGGUGGUCAAGGAGAGUUUGAGACUACACCCUGUUGCUCCGUUACUAGUCCCACAUGAAUCCAUCGACGACGUAUCAAUCGAUGGAUUCCACAUACCCAAAAAGUCGAGGAUCAUAGUAAAUGUCUGGAGCAUUGGAAGAGAUCCUAAUGUUUGGUCGGAAAAUAUGGAUGAAUUUUAUCCUGAAAGGUUCGUAAACAACAACAUAGACCUAAAGGGACAUGACUUUCAGCUCAUUCCAUUUGGGUCUGGUCGCAGAGGGUGUCCGGGUAUGCAAUUAGGUCUAACCAUAGUUAAGCUAGUUCUGGCACAACUGGUGCACAGCUUUAACUGGGAGCUCCCAAAUGGUUUACUACCACAAGACUUAGACAUGUCCGAGGAUUUUGGUUUAGCAAUGUCAAAAGCCAAACACUUGCUUGCCAAGCCAACUUACCGUCUUAUCACUCUCAUGUAG